UCGGUACUACGGCACAGUAGUACCCUCUGCGUGGUACUGCAGGUGGUGGCUAUUUCUCCAACUUUCUGGAAGUUCCUCCCGCCGCAACCCAUCCUCCGUCCUCCCCCCCCAAAAAUGGAAGUCGAAACCUCCGGUGGUGGACCCCCAGCUCAAUCGGCAGCUCAACCGUCGGGGAACUCGCAUUCGCCGUUACUGGAUGACUGCUUAAAGCUUCUGAGAGGAGAGAGAGACGAGCAGAGACUAGCUGGUCUGCUCCUUGUCACCAAAUUCUGCAACAAACAAGACCACUCCACCAUCUUCCAAGUCUACCGCGCCGUCGGCCCUAAAUUCCUUCUCCGUCUCUUACGCACUGGUAUGGGUAAAGUAGGAGGAGGAGGUGGUGGUGCUGCUGAGAAUCGAGACGCCUACUUGCAGCUAUCUGUAACAGUUCUUGCCGCCUUCUGCAGAGUUCCUGAAAUUGCUGCUUCUCAAGACAUGCUUUCCCUUAUUCCUCUCUUUCAGGAGAUUAUUUCUACCGGUUCAGCCUCAUCUGUAAUUGAGGAUUGCUAUGAGUUUGUAUAUCUGGUGGCAAACACACAUGAAGACGGUGUAAGGGCCUUAUAUGAUUCUGGAGGCAUGCAGCUGCUUGCUUCUCAACUAUCCACUCUGCCAGAUGGGUCACCCAUUGUUGAACUUGCCAUGAGACUUGUUCAGCUCAUAAUAAGCAGGUUACCUGCUGAGAAAGUUUUCAUUGAACAUCCAUCAGAGCUGGCAAUAUUGGUGGUUGGACUAGCACGACUAUUUGCUUUGCUACAAACUGCUCUAAAGUUUGAAGCACUUCACCUCUUAUCUGCAAUCCUCUCCUCUCAAUGUUCAGCACCUGUGCGUGGAGCUCUGAAUUCUAUGGCAAAUAGUACCUGGUCAACUGACAUGCGUAUGGGUAUUGUGGCUGUCUUGAAUAAUCGAGUUGCCCCAGCUGAAAAGCUUCAGGCCCUGAUCUUGGCUGAGUGCACCAUUUCGAUUGUGGGCGAGGAAUGGCUUAUCGGGUCUGUGAAAUUACCUGAUGUACAAGAUCCUAUUCCUGUCGACAGGUGUAUGCUACUUGUUUUGGGGACUUCCAGGGUUGAAAUUGCUGUUCUCCUUAAUGAGCUGGCUCGUUUGAGAGAUGAAGCCUCCAAAAGUCAUUCACUGAAUGCUGAGGUCAUUCACAUGAAACAAAGAAAUCUUGCCAUUUGCUACUCUUUGGUUGAGAAAGUGAUAAAGCUAGUUUCAAAAUUUGGUGGAGAUGAGGACUUACAUCCGGAUGCCACAAUAAGUGAUAGCACUUUGACAAUGAUCAUCUCUGGACUUAAUGAGACAAUCAGUGUUGUUCUUGACUACCUAGAAGAUGUCAAGGAUCAUGGAGAGAACAAAGGAGACGAUCUGCUAGCCUCAGUACGGCUGAUUGGGAGCUAUCUUGCUGAAACACCUCAUGCAUGCGGAGAAAAGGUUAAGGCGCUCCUUGGCUAUAUGCUUUCUAUUCAAGGAGAAGAUGAGGCUAGCCCCUUUUACUCAAUCUGCUUUUUGAUUCCUAUGCUUUGUCAAAUAACAAUGAGGACUGAUGGAUGUAAACUUUUAGCUUCAUCUGGGGCAUAUAGAGCUGUUGUUGAGUACCUUAUUAGGUUGAUUGCCCCAAACAGUUCUACCGUUGAGGAUGUUGGUUCUGUAUCCUUGGCAUGUGAUACGAUUUUGAAUUUUCUUAUGAAGAGGGAACAAAUCGCGUUUACCUCCAGUGGAGCUAGUUUUAUCAAACUUUUGAGUGCAUUGUCACAUUGGACGGAGGAUAGAGGGGACCCCGACAGUCUUAUGAUGGCUUCAAGCAUUUGUGCACUUAUACUUGAUUCAAUAUCUGAGGAGACUCUCAUACGUCAUCCCGACUUCAGCAACGAUGACCUAGUUAGUCUUUCGCAGCUGAUGAAGAGAAGUUUGGCUAUGUGUGGCAAGGGCAUGAUGUCCGAUGAGGAAUCUGAUCUUUAUCAGAUAGUUCAUGCAUGUUACUUGCGAUGGGUUGAUCGGUUCCCCCGCAUUAAGGAGUUGAUUGAGAGAUGAUGAUCCCUUCUUUAAGUGGUUUUUGGUCCAUGGAUUUCUGUUGGAGUAGAGAACGACAGAAGCCAAGUAACCAGUUGAGACGCCCUCGCCUGCGGGGUGUCUGCUGAGCCUUGAGAAUGAGGACGCAAAUAUUGCUGGAAAUGAAUCAUCAAGCAAGUUUUUGGAACCCACCUCGCAGAGAAUACCACCUGAGGCCUGAGAAGUGCUUGUCAUGCCCAACGUCUCUUGCCAAGCAGCGCAUUUAUACCAUUUAAUCCUUUCUGCUUUAAUACAUCUCUCUCUUUCUGUCCAGUAUGUUGUACUCAUCAAAUAGAGCUUUAUACUACGUGUGUGUGUGUGUGUGUCUGGCCAAACUACUACUAGUGCUAGUACUUCUACACCAGGGGCAAGUUGUGUGUAGUAGAGACUUGCUGCAGUUGAGGCUCAGGACUGCCAGUCACAUAUGGCAAACUUGCUGUAGUUGAGGCUUAGGUUUUUCCCCACGGACAAGCUGAUGAACAUGGAAUGGUCCGAAGAGGACAAUCUCUCAAAAUUUUGAUGGAUGCUUUCUCUCUUUUAUAA